GCAGGAGCGGCCGUGCGGGUCGGGCCGACGGGCAGAUGCAGGCGUCUCUCCGGGGCGACUGCUCCGGCGACAGGCUGUGCAGCGCCGCCGCCCGCGGGGACCGCGAGGAGGUGCGGAAGCUCCUGGAAGCGGGAGCGGAUCCCAACGCGACCAACUCUUUUGGAAGGACCCCGCUCCAGGUGAUGAUGCUGGGCAGCCCGAGGGUGGCGGAGCUGCUGCUGCAGCGCGGUGCCGACCCCAACCGCCCCGACCCUCGCACCGGCUGCCUCCCGGCGCACGACGCGGCCCGCGCCGGCUUCCUGGAGACGCUGGCGGUGCUACACCGUGCAGGGGCGCGCCUCGACCUGCCCGAUGGCAGCGGCCGCCUCCCCCUCGACGUGGCGGCGGGGGGCCCGCACGGACCCGUGGCCAGGUUCCUCCGCCACCUGCCACCCCUUUCCCCCGCCGCCCAGGUAGCCGGGCUGGUCGCGGAAGGGGUUAAGCGCUGACUCGACCCCCGCGUCCCCGCCGCAGCGCCUGGCAGCCUUCCCUGCUUCGCUCCCCUCCAUCGCCGAGACCCUCUCAGCUUCCCCGCCUUCGCGGCAGGUCCCCUCGUCCCACAGUCUUGGCCCGCAGCGAGCGCCCACGGCUGGCGGUGCUCCAGGGAGCCCGGCCGCUGGGGAAGGCGUUUCACUGUCCCUCUUCCCCAGAGCUCCCCCCCCUCACGCCCGGGCACUCCGCGUCCCGCUUCUGCGAGCGAAGCAUGCUGAUGCAUUUUCUAGGAAAAAGCUUAAAGAACCAAAGCUCUUCUCCUGGGAGGUCGCGUUGUCUUCUCCGUCCCCUCCUGCUCUCUGGCGGGGGGAGGACAAGCAGAGAACUGUUCUCCUGUCCUCCAAGGAUAAAAAAAAAUGCUACACUGCCUCCCUCCUCCAUUUAAUGAUUAAACUGAUGCGAUUUAGAGAAGUGAGAACGCUCAAUUUUCCUCAGCGAUGCGCUCAGCGCCCUAUAAACCCCUGGUUAGAUUUCCGUUAGAUGCUUGUCUUGUUCAUGUCGGUACUGACCUUAUUCAGUGCCGCACAGUCCUUCCUCAUGAGCAUUCUUCCUCUUAGCGUUCCGAAAAAGUGAACACCGUACCAUCCCGUUUUAAAUUUAAUUAAACUUCAAAUCGUCUCCCCUCGUCAUCACGCUUAACUUAGAAAGUCUUUAAACAUCUAACAAUGAUCGAAAUUACAAUUUGGGAACUACUACAAAUAUUUGUUAUAGAUGUAUGCAGGGAAGGCUACCCAUGUAAAAAAAAAAAAACAAUUGUUAAUCGUUCAGUUAUUGUGUAGUUCUAACAUUUGGAGAUACCCCAUUGAUUCAGAAGAGACGCGCAAAGACCUCGGUAUUUUUAAGGAGGUUUUCCGGGUCUCUAAACCAGAUAUUUGGAAACAAACGGCCGAAUUUAGUUAUAAGUUUGACUCUCUUCACACGCAUUGCUUCUGUUUUCCCUAAGCGAUUUCCAUCGUCUACUCCGUGUUUGUACCACUUCUUGCGUGAUGAAAUGCCUGUUACUAUUCAACAGCAAAAUAUGAAAGGGCUUGCCUUAAAAUCCCAAAUCUUUGUAUUUAACUAUUAAACGGUU